AGAUCCUUUUAGUGAAGAUGAGCGUGCUUCCAAAGAUUCACCAGAGCAGCUUCUUGCUAAACCACUAAGCAGUGAUGAGGUUUAAAGCUGAUGCAUAUGCCAUUCUACAACAGUUGAAAUCUCUACUGGUUGACUCUGAGAGGACAAAGCUCACCAAAAAACUAAGUGAAGCUAACUAGCAAAACCGUUUCCUUAAACGACAGUUACAUAUCAAGGAGGAUGCACUUGUUAACUUCAAAAGUGGACUUGCAGUCAUGGAACUGGAAAUUCAGGCGUUAGUCUCACUGGCAGAAGAAAUAUCUAAAGCUGGCAUUCCUGAAGGUUCUAGAAAAAUUAAUGGGAGAUACAUUCAGUCUCAUCUUUAUACACGCUUAGAAGCUGUACACAAGAAAUUGAAGGAACAAAUAAAUGAUGUAGAUACUGCACAGUCCAGGGAGGUUCCUUUGUUUUGGUGUGGCAUGGCAGAGAGUGUACAAGUUAUGGGCUCAUUUGAUGGAUGGAUUCAAGGAGAGCACUUAUCACCAGAGUACACUGGUUCACUCACCAAGUUCUCAACCACAUUAUCGCUCAGACCUGGACGGUACGAAAUCAAGUUCUUGGUGGAUGGAGAGUGGCAGCUAUCGCCAGAAUACCCUACCGUCGGUGAGGGAUUAAUGAAAAAUAACUUGCUAAGUGUAGAGUAGCUUCGGUCCGUAAAGUUUCUAGUCAUGCUAGAUAUUGAGAACUAACUAAUUGCAGUGUUUUCCGAUACGGGCUUUUUUCUUUCAUCCUUCUCUUCUAGCUUAUGUACUUGUAUUCACUGUAUAGCUUUGAUUCUAGCAGCUCAAUAAAAUAGAACAGAAUUGCAAAGUUUGAGAAAAAAAUCGUAUAUAUGUGGAAGGUAUGACCAGAAUUUAUGUAAUUAGGU